UUCUGGCCAGCCCAUUAUAUAUCACUCUCAUGGCAAGGUGGCUCCUGUACUACUCUGCCCAUUGAUAGGCUGCUGGUGAUCACAAGCUACACAACACAUCACACAAGCAAUAGGCAUCUCUCUCUUCUUUCUCUUUCUCCUCCUUGCUUCAUUUGGAGUACUAGAGAUUAAUUUCUUGAAGGAGAGAAAUGACAAGUGUCUGGAAGACCAAGGUUCUCACUGGACUCAACAAGCUCUUUGACAAGGAUGGAAAGAAGGCUGCUGCUGCUGAGUUCUUGAAAUCAUUCAACAAGGAGGAGAUUGGCAAGGAGAUUGAUGACAAGAAGACAGAGCUAGAGCCCAAGGUUGUGGAGGUUGUUGAGUCAUCUCCUCCUGAGAUUAAGGCUUUGUUGAAGGACAAAAAAACAGCCAGCAAAAUCAAGAAGAACGGUCCUGCAGUCACUAAGUUCCUUGAGGAAUUGGCUAAGAUUGAUUUCCCCGGAGCCAAGCCGGUGAGCGACGCGGUGGCCAAGUCCGGCACGACGCCGCUCUCCCCGGCGAUCGCCUUCAUCCUGGAGAAGGUCGCGCCUUUCGUUCCCAAGGAGGAGCCCAAGCCCGAGCCGGAGGCGGAGGCGGCGGCGGAGACCACCUCCCGGGAAGUCGCCGUGGAGGAGGAGAAGAAGGAGGAGGAGGCGGCCCCCGCCGAGCCCGCCGCCGCCGCCGCGGAGGCGGCGGCGCCGUCGACGGAGGUGGUGGAGGAGAAGAAGGAGGAGGAGAAGCCAGCGGAGGCGGCGGCGCCGGCGGCUGAGCCGGAGAAGCAGUAGUGAUCACUCCAGAAGCAAGCAAAGCUAAGCUAGCUUAGCUAAGCUUAGCUGAUGGUAAUUAAAAUCAAGAUUAAGGUUAAUGUGAUCACACUACUCUCUCUCAGUCUCUGCACAAAAAGUAAGUAAAAAUCAAGAUACACACACUUGGCAUGCAAGAACAUUUGUUAUUGAAUUCUUUCACCCUUUGAUCCUUUCAUCUCUCUCCUAUAUAUAUAUAUGGUCGCCUCAUCGGUUGUAAAUUAAUUUAUGUGGGGUUUCUUGUUUUUUGGGGGUGAUUAAACAUGUGUAAUUAUAUUCAUAUGUUUGUUGGUCAUGAUCAUAAGGAGCUUGUGUAUAUUAUCCAUAUCUUUUUUUUUCUUUUGUUUACAAAUUUUCGGCUUGAGGUGUGAUGAAGAUAGACAUAUAUAUGCACCCUCUCCAAUUGUAAUACAAAUUAAUGGCUGUGGAUAUAUGUUCAUAUGGUACAGUUUGUUGUUGUUGA